CGGCGGUGACCGGGAAAUGGGGCCAUGGCGCCGGGCAGCGCGCAGGGAGCGCCGGCCGCCGGCAGGAACGGGCCCGGGAUGGAGGGCGGAGGCCCGGCGGCGCACAGCGUGUGCAUGGUGUCGGACUUCUUCUACCCCAACAUGGGGGGCGUGGAGAGCCACGUGUACCAGCUGUCACAGUGCCUCAUCGAGCGCGGCCACAAGGUCCUGGUGGUCACCCACGCCUACGGCCACCGCAAGGGCGUCCGCUACCUCACCAGCGGGCUGAAAGUCUACUACCUGCCCCUGAAGGUGAUGUACAACCAGUCCACGGCCACGACGCUCUUCCACAGCCUGCCCUUGCUCAGGUACAUCUUCGUGCGGGAGCGGGUGACCAUCGUGCACGCCCACAGCUCCUUCUCGGCCAUGGCCCACGACGCCCUGUUCCACGCCAAGACCAUGGGGCUGCGGACCGUGUUCACUGACCACUCCCUCUUCGGGUUCGCGGAUGUCAGCUCGGUGCUGACCAACAAGCUGCUGACGGUGUCCCUGUGUGACACCAACCACAUCAUCUGCGUCUCCUACACCAGUAAGGAGAACACGGUGUUGCGAGCAGCCUUGGACCCUCGGAUAGUCUCUGUCAUCCCCAACGCUGUCGAUCCCACCGACUUCACUCCAGACCCCUCGAGGAGGGAUGACAGUACAAUAACAAUUGUUGUUGUCAGCAGACUUGUUUACAGAAAAGGUAUUGAUUUGCUUAGUGGUAUAAUUCCUGAGCUCUGUCAGAAAUAUCCAGAGUUACAUUUCUUAGUUGGGGGAGAAGGACCAAAACGAAUCAUACUGGAAGAAGUCCGAGAGAGAUACCAGCUACAUGACAGGGUGCGUCUUCUAGGAGGCUUGGAACACCAGGAUGUCAGAAAUGUCCUGGUCCAGGGGCACAUUUUUCUCAACACUUCCCUCACUGAGGCCUUUUGUAUGGCUAUUGUGGAGGCAGCAAGCUGUGGUUUACAGGUGGUGAGUACAAGAGUUGGUGGGAUUCCAGAGGUACUUCCAGAAAAUCUCAUCAUUUUGUGUGAGCCCUCUGUGAAAUCUUUGUGUGAUGGACUAGAAAAAGCUAUUGCCCAGCUCAGAUCAGGAACUCUGCCAUCUCCAGAAACUGUUCAUAAAGAAGUGAAGACAUUUUAUACGUGGAGGAACGUAGCAGAGAGAACUGAGAAAGUGUAUGACAGAGUUGCAGAUGAAGUGGUUUUACCAAUGAAGGAGCGACUUGACAGACUAAUGACUCACUGUGGUCCAGUGACUGGGUGUAUUUUUGCUUUUUUUGCUGUUCUGAACUUCCUUCUCUUGGCAUUUCUGAGGUGGAUGACUCCAGAUUCCAUUAUUGAUGUUGCAAUAGAUGCUACAGGACCUAAGGGUGCCUGGACUAAACAGUAUUUUCUUGGGAAAAAAAGAAGAGUUAAAGAAGAACUUCCAAAUUCCUAAAUUGUUCAAGUGGAGAGGGAAGAAUGUGUCGGUCACUAAAGUUCUGUUUGGUUUCCUGCAACAUCUGCAAACACGAAUCAAAAGGAUUGUGUGUAUCUAUUCAAAAUAAGUUUUCUUUUGUGGAACAUUGUGUACUUGUGAAUAACAUAAUAAAACCUUGCUGUAGUCUUGUUUACAAGACCAAUGUAAAGUUUAUCUAGAGGUUUAUUUACCUUUCCAUAAAGAAUGGAUGCAUUUCAUUAAUAUGUGGGAGUAUAUAAUUAGAAAAUACAGAACUACAAACCAUAAUGCUGCUUUUCACCACUGAUUGUUGGAGUUCUUAUGGGAAUGGUUUUUUAAUAUUCAUCUUUCUGUACAAGCUGCCAUACAAACUUAACUCAUAACUGGUUUUUCAAAUAACACCACUUGUAUUAUGCAGAACUCUGUGGGAAUUAUUUGCUCACUGGCCUUGUGCAGUGGAGUAAAGGGUGAUGCCACAGAAACAUUUACAGUUUUACAAAAUAACAGUGGGUAACAUGAAAAAGGUUAAAUAAAAUAAGCAGAAUACUAAAAAAAACCGAGUGUGGUUAGAAAUUAAUAAAAUAACUUGUUAAAAAAUUAAAAUGUUUCAAUUGUGCUUGUAGGUAAGAUUAUUGUUUUGACAUACCAGGGCAAUGUUAGGAGAGUGACACUAAUUAAACAAUGUCUUGCACAAAGCAGAGCCUCUGGUGUGUAGGAGGAGCAGGAAGACCUGUAUAGAAUGUCCCCCUCCCAAACUGCAAUGAAAUUCCAUCCCCAGGCACAAGGAGAAAUGUUAUUUCCAAUACAUUAUGUGCAGAUGCUGUGAAUUAAGGUAUUGAAAAUUGUAGGUUAAACCAUACAAUAUACCACACAAGCAUCAAGUAUGGAUAUAAGAUUAGUCCUUCAGACUGUGUUUUAGUGGGUGUGGAUGUAUCUGUAAGAAGGUAACUACUGUAAUUUACUUGUUUUGUACUCAUGUUUUUCUGCAUCUGUUUAUAUUUUUUCCCUUUUUGAUAUUUAUUUCUCUUUACCAGUCCCUUUUUUUCAUAUAUGCUUAGACUUUUAAAAAAUUAUUUGUAAUAGUCUUUCUGGUGCUUUCUGCUUCAGUACAAUACAAACUUUAUGUAAAUAGAUAAAAGAAUAAUCAAUCUCAAAAUGGUUUAAUAAUUUAAAAUUUAAUUUUUUAAAAAUUAAAAGUAUUUCAAUAUUUUUAGUGUUUGCUAUCAUUAAACUACUGUCAUGAUAUUUGCUGUGCAUCAUGACAUUCAGUAGUAUGUUGACUUCCAGAGUUUUCCCUAAUGCCUUGAACAUUGGCAGAGAUAAAAGGUGGAUAUUUUUUAAGGCAAUAAAGACAGGAUGUGGUUA